UACAAUAAAUACGCGUGAAAAUCAUGGUAAUUGUGUGAAAAAUAAAGACAAUAUUACUAUAUUGCCGAUGAUAAUUGGGACAUCAAAUUUGCGCAAGGCUGAAAUGCGAGAGCGCGCUAUCGCGUUGCUAUAAUUCAUUGCUCGACGACAAGUUACAGUCAGUUGUUACAAUAGCGGGAAAGCUACGGCGAACCGUGAUUGGCCGCCGAUAGUAUGCAGCUGCACGAAGGACGAGGAGGAGCGGGGGGCGAGGUGUUAUCGAUUUAAAUUUGGUUUCUUGGAGAGCACGUCGAAUACACGACGUUGUGCAGCGUAGCGGCUCGGUUGUACAGUAAUCAUGUCGGCGCACGCUAGGUUAGGUAUUGCGCCAGAUAAUUGGUCAGAAGUGAGAAAAAUCGCUGAAUCGGAGGGUUGCGAGCGACGCGAAAUAGUUCCGAAUCGGACGGACGCCGGUCGGAACAAGCCGAUCAACAUUGAUCUUCCGACGGCGGUAAAAGGCACGAUACCGAAACAUAGGCAAAACCUGCUAAAAUGGAACGGAUGGGGAUACAAAGACUCACAGUUUCGUCUCAACGACAAACAGAUGUUGGAAUUCACUGGGACGAGGUACAACAUCGGAAAUCAGAUGUUACCAUACUUUACUGCUUGGGUCAAGGAUAUGUUCGACCUUGAUCUAUCCAGUCACAUUGCGCCCCAACCUCUGCCGCAAGUGUUUCCGGAUCCCGUUGUUACACCAGAGUUAAUCGACUGUCUGCAAAAAGAAAAUGUCGAGUACUCGACCGAUGGCGUCGACCGGCUUGUCAGAGCACAUGGACACACGCUACGCGAGAUAUUUUUACUGAGGGAAGGAACUUUUCCUCGUAUACCUGACGUAGUCGUUUGGCCAAAAUCACACGCAGAUGUAGAAAAAAUUGUCAAAAUCUGUGCAAAAUACCGGCUCGCCUGCAUCCCAUUUGGCGGUGGUACGAGCGUCAGCGGUGCUGCGAGUUGCCCAGAAUUCGAAACUCGCACGAUAGUUUCUCUGGACACUACGCAAAUGAAUAGGAUAUUAUGGAUCGACCGUGAGAAUUUACUAAUUUGUUGCGAGGCUGGCAUCAUCGGCCAAGACCUGGAACGUGAGCUAAGAAGUCACAAACUUACUGUUGGUCACGAACCUGAUUCGUAUGAAUUUUCAAGUUUGGGUGGUUGGGUUGCGACACGGGCGAGCGGUAUGAAGAAGAACAUCUACGGAAACAUCGAGAACUUGGUGGUGCGCCUCAGGAUGGUUACGGGGAGAGUAAACGACGGUGAAGAAAGCGAGACGAUAACACUCGAAAAGGGCGCUCAAGUGCCGCGAUCUUCCUGCGGACCGGACUUCGAUCAUAUGAUAUUGGGAAGCGAAGGCACGCUCGGCGUCGUUACGGAGGUUGUACUGAAAGUCAGACCUGUGCCAGCAGUUACUAAGUACGGAAGCGUCGUCUUUCCCGACUUCGAGAGUGGACUACGUGCGAUGCGGGAGGUGGCACGUCAACGAUGUCAACCAGCUAGUAUUCGCCUGAUGGAUAACGAACAGUUUCAAUUCGGCCAAGCACUGCGACCGGAGGCAAGUUGGGGCAGUCUAAUUUCUCAAGUAUUGAAACAAGCCUACGUGACACAGAUCAAGGGUUUCCAUUGGGACACGAUUUGCGUGGCGACGCUUCUGUUUGAAGGAGAGGCAAAGGAUAUUGCCCUGCAAGAGAAAAAAAUAUAUCAGAUCGCGAAAAAAUUUGAUGGGAUUCCAUCGGGUGAAACUAACGGCGAACGGGGUUACGUUUUGACUUUCGUCAUUGCGUACAUACGCGACAUAGGACUCGAGUUCAGUGUCGUGUCAGAGUCUUUUGAGACUUCCGUUGCGUGGGACCGCGCCUCGUCUUUGUGCCGUAAUGUAAAACGCCGAGUUAGUCAAGACUGCAAGGCCAUUGGUGUUAGUCAUUUUUUAAUCUCCUGCCGUAUCACGCAAACUUACGACGCCGGCUGUUGCAUAUACUUCUACAUGGCUUUCAACUAUCGUGGAUUGGCCAAUCCCGUUGAUGCCUACGAAAGAAUCGAACAUAACGCCCGCAAUGAGAUAUUGGCAAGCGGUGGAUCGCUCUCUCAUCAUCACGGCGUAGGAAAACUGCGCGCUUCUUUCUAUCCCAAAGCGGUUGGAAACGCUGGAGUUGCGCUAUAUCGCGCUACGAAAGAUCAUCUCGAUCCUCACAACAUUUUUGGCGCUGGAAAUAUAGAUCCUGAGUACAACCAUCGAACAACGGUUUUGUCUAAGUUGUGAACAAUGAACGGACUAUCAAUUAGUUUGAAACGGAUAUUACAGAAUUUUACCCGAGAUUCUUCGCUUCGCGAGUUCCCUUCUUCACCAUUCCUCAUUCGCAACAACAUUACACCUUCUACCCAAGCAUCCAUUGCUAGUAAGGUUUUACUUAACUGAAACAUCGCUGUGAGAAACGAAAAAAGGCUAUCUCUAUUAUUGCUAUUUUGUUUUUCUUACGAAUAAGCACUUUAAAUUGAUAUCUAUCAUGAUUUUCAAAAAAUACACAUAUAUGAAGGAGGUGUAUAGCAAAGAAUUCUCAGUACAGAAUGAUCCGAUGGACCAAAUAUCAAACAAGAUCUAAAAUUUAUUGAAUGUAUAUACGUAUAAGUGUGGUUAUUGGAGUACGUGAGAAUUUUUUUUCCUUCAAUGUUUGUUACAAAAAUAAUUGUCACUUUUUCUUUAGACAUUCUGGAGAGAAUCAUUUUUUCAAAAAAUCCAUGGCUAAAUUUAUAUACUCUCCCAAAAUUUCUAUGUUUUUCCAUUCAGACCAUUUUGCACUCAAAAAUUCAUAUUACAGUUUAAUCGCGUACCUAUGUAGUUCGUGAAGCGAAGCAUUGCAAUAUUAACUUCAAAUACGAUUCUUUUUUUCAAAUGUUCACCAAUGCAUGCUAAAAUAAUGUGCCAAUAGAAGGAUUCAAUGGAAUACAUUCAGUAUUUGAAAAAUAAUUUUUUUUUUUCAAAUAGACUGUUUUACAGACUCUGUCAUGGUUUUCUUUCUUAUCGUUGAACUAGAUGAUGAGUCAAAUAUACUCUCCAAAAGUCUUUAACCCCUAGUUAAAAUAUUUCUUCGGAAUUGAAAUUCAAUAAGAUGAAGUGUUGAGAAGAGAUAACUUUUUGAGUGCAAACUAUCAGACGACUCCUCAGUUUUGAUCUGGAAAUUGAGUAUUUAAGUUUAACAAGGUAAAACAAACUGCCGAUUGAGGUAAUGCGUAAUUGUUAUCCCAGUGAUAAAACUUCUGCGUUUGCUUGAUGUGUUUUACAUUACUUUUAAAUUAUUCCUUGUCCAAUAUUCACUAUUUUCCAAUUAUUGCAAGAAAUUUUGUUCUUCACCGUGCACCGAGCAGACCCAUCAUUUUAGAAUUUAGAGUAUAAAGAUUGUCGAUUAGCUGUAUUUUUGCAUACGUCUUCUUUUCACGGUUUAUAUGAACAAAGUAGGCGAGUCUCCUAUCGAUACUUUAAUAGUGUUAUUGUUUAUGUUG